AUGAAAAACCACACAACAGUAACAGUGUUUAUUUUAGUAGGGUUAACAGAAGACCCCAAAUGGAAGAUUGUGCUAUUUAUCUUCCUUCUAAUCACCUACUUGCUAAGUAUUUCAGGGAACUUGAUUAUCAUCACUCUCACGUUGUUGGAUUCUCAGCUCAAGACCCCUAUGUAUUUCUUUCUUCGAAAUUUUUCCUUCUUAGAAGUUUCUUACACAACAACGUGUAUCCCCAAACUGCUUGCUACCAUGGCCACUGGUGACAGAACAAUUACCUAUAGCUGUUGUUUAGCUCAGUUAUUUUUUGCUUUCCUCCUUGGUUCUUCUGAAUUUUUCCUCCUCUCGGCGAUGUCCUAUGAUCGCUAUGUUGCCAUCUGUAAACCUCUGCAUUAUACAACCAUCAUGAACAACAAAGUCUGUAUCCGCUUAGUGUUAAGUUCUUGGAUUGCUGGUUUUGUCAUAAUCUUUCCAGGACUCAUCAUAGGCUUAGGACUGGAUUUUUGUGAUUCCAAUGUCAUUGAUCACUUCUAUUGUGAUGUUGCUCCUCUCCUACAACUCUCCUGUACAGAUACUAGUUUUUUGGAGUUGAUGAGUUUCAUCUUGGCUGUGUUGACUCUCCUGAUUACAUUGAUAAUGGUCAUUCUGUCAUACACUUAUAUUGCACGGACCAUUUUAAAAUUUCCUUCUGCUAAUCAGAAAAAAAAGGCGUUUUCUACUUGUUCCUCUCACAUGAUUGUCCUCUCUAUCUCAUAUGGGAGUUGCAUCUUUAUGUACAUUAAAACCUCAGCCAAAGAUAGAAUAUCCUUAAUGAAGGGAGUGUCAUUACUCAACACCUCAGUGGCUCCACUGUUGAAUCCUUUCAUUUACACUCUAAGAAAUCAGCAGGUAAAGCAAGCUUUUAAGCACUUACUACAACGAGCUCUUUCUUUAUCCAAGUAG